AUGGGGAUUGAAACUAAGGUGCCUUUUCCGGUUUUUACCACGACCGGUUUUCCACCCGAGUUAAUCGCCGCUUUGGAAGCGGCCUGGGGGCGAGAAAUUGUCGGCAACCGAGCCGCCUCGGGUACGAGCAUCAUCGACGAGUUAGCCGACCAAGAAAUCAACCACGGCAAAGUGAUUGUUUACACCUCGGCCGACUCGGUUUUACAAAUUUGCGGUCAUGAGGAAACGAUGGGUCUUAAAAAGCUCUACCAGAUGGCUGAGACAGCCCGCCAAAUUUGCUCUUCGCGUCCCGAGUGAAACGUAGGGCGCAUCAUUGCCAGGCCUUACACUGGUCGCCCCGGUCAAUACCUCCGGACCGCUAACCGCCACGACUACGCACUUAAGCCGCCUGGCCCCACUUUGCUGGACCGUCUUCAAAAAGCCGGCGUGAAAGUGAUCGGCGUAGGUAAAAUUAGCGAUAUUUUUGACGGAGAAGGUAUUAGUCAGUCUUUCCGAACUAGUUCUGAUGCCCACGGAAUGGACACAACCAUCGAGUUAGUUCAAAAAGCCCCUGCACGCAGUUUUGUUUUUGUCAACUUAGUUGAUUUUGAUUCUAAGUAUGGUCACCGGCGUAACCCGCUUGGAUACGCGGAGAAUCUCAACCUUUUUGACCAAAAACUUGGCCAACUGAUCGCUCAGCUCAGACAAGAUGAUUUGUUAAUUAUCACUUCUGACCACGGCACGGAUCCGUGUUUCCCUGGCAGCGAUCACACCAGCGAGUUUUUACCGCUGACAGUUUACGCCCACAACUUUGACCGCCAGCCCCAACUGUUAAAACCGCUGGUCAGUUUAGCUAGCGUUGGUAACUUAGUGGCCCGGAAUUUCCAAGUUGAGUUAAGUGCGAUUGGGGAAGACCGGGGCGACCAAAUUAUCUAG